AUGGGGGACCUGUCCAUCCAGCAGGAGCUGGCGACCACAGGGUUAACGUUCUGUAGGAGUCGGUCUGCUAGGAGGUUGGUGGAGGGGAACAAGGUACACCUGGUUCCAAGCCCAGGUAAUCGGUUACGGGGCGGAACCAAGGUGUACAGAAGGGACAGCCUCUCCACUGUUCCUGGGACAGAGGAGAGAGUGCCUCUGCUCAUUAAAAUGUGGAUUGAUAUUCCUAGUGGCCUCUAUAAAGUUAUCCUGGCUGACAGGUACAGUUUGUCAUUUGUGAAGGAUUACAUGAUACCUAUAGCAAGAUUAUUACUGGGCCUUGACACCACCCCUGGGUCAGGAUACCUGUGUGCUAUGAAGAUCACAGAAGAUGAUUUGUGGAUUAGAACGUAUGGAAGGUUAUUCCAAAAGCUGUGCUCAUCCAGUGCUGAAAUUGCCAUUGGCAUGUACAGGACAGAAUCCCAUAUGUUUGCAACAUCUGAGUCACAAGACAUUGGUCCACAGUCCCAGAUCUCCAUCAAUGUUGAGGAGUGUGAGGACACAAGGGACGUGAAAGAACCAUGGAACCAAAGAGGCAGCCACAGGAACUCCACCUCCAGUGACCAAUCGGAGCACCCGUUACUGAGGAAGAAGAGCAUGCAGUGGGCACGGCGACUGAGCAGGAAAGGGAACAAGCAAACGAGUAAAACGGAGCGAAUCAGCCAGCAGAGACUGAAUCUGUACCGCCGCUCAGAGAGACAGGAGCUUUCUGAGCUGGUGAAAAACCGAAUGAAGCACCUGGGUUUGCCUACCACAGGUUACGAGGAUGUAGCAAAUUUAACUGCCAGUGAUGUGAUGAAUCGGGUAAACCUAGGAUAUUUGCAAGGUAAUUCCUCACUUGGGGAACAGAGAGGUAUUGAAAGCACACUCAAUAAGGACGGAAUGCCAGCUCCAAACAAACAAGCGGAGAGUUUCGUAGUCUCACAGGCUGGAUUGUGGGCUGACUCUGUGAAAAACAAUUCGCCUCAUCUCCCAAAAUGUAACAGCCCCACAAAACCUAGUAUCUUAAGAUACUUCUCUAUUACCGUUUACUUUUAG